AUUAAACGCUGGAAAAAUUUGUGUAAAAACGUUUAAACUCAAACAAAUUUAUAUUUGUAUUGCUGAAAACUUUUUAUUUCUGAUCAAAAUUCCAAAGACGUCAAAAUGUUUUCCUCAAUUAAUUUUCUAUUUCUGAUAUCGCUGGCGGUCACCACGUGGAUCAUACUCUGCUAUUUCAAACAAAUCGAACAGCAACGCGAGGACCCAAUGACCAUUGAGGUCCACAUGAAUAACGCCUACGAAGACACGCUGCGUGGGAAAGCCUGUUUUGAGAAUUAUGAUAUUUAUUUGAAUUUUCUGGCCAUUUUCGCAUGCAUUUACGCGCUGGCCAAAGUGACAACAUACGCCGAAAAUUACGUCGCCCAACAGGUGAAUGCGCGCUUCAAACUAAUGAAGCUGCCGAGCAGUAGACCUCUGGAGCCAACUAACAUGGAGGAACUGCAUACACAGCAUAUGCAACUCACACUGCAAAUCGACUUCUUGGAGAAGGAGAACGCCAAAUUGGCACAACAAGUGAAGCAACUGGAACAGACGAACUUUAUAUUGGGCGCGCAUAAGUACAGAAGCAAUACCGCACCAACUAGUGCCAUGCGCCUGCUGGCCAACGUUGACAACAACCAAAUGCCGCAGGAGUGCCACAAAACAGCCACGAAUGGCGUGCUGCAUACUUUGAACAGCAACGCAGUUGGUAAUGCCGUAGGUGGCGUAGCUGUUACUUGCAAUCAUACGGAAGCUGUUAAUACUGAUAUGGACGGGGAAAUGGCCAACAAUGUGCCCGACGGCUUUGCUGCAGCUGGUGGUCUUUUCUGCUUUCGGAAUGUAAUCAUUCAAGAUAAUCACUUUCAGCGGACACGUCAGGUAUAUGUGAAUGAGGGCAAUGUAAAAUUGCAAUUUCAAGACUUUAACCAAGAAGGUGACCACAUCACGCAGAUCUGGCAGAAAUAUUUGGAAAUGCAAAAAUAUGCGCUACAAAAGCCGACCGCGCCUCAUAGUGCAACGCAAGUGGCAAAUGCUGUGCCUAUUGUUGUAUCCACCGAAGAGCUACAAACGAUGCAAGGUACCGAUCAGCUAAGGGGCAAGCGCCAACCACGACGCAUCACACACGCCAUAGUACCAACAGGCAGCGCUACCAAACAUUUAAACAAAACUCACACAACAGCACACACACCUAUGCACAUACCGCAAACAACGCUGACUUUACCGAUACAAAUUUACUAUAAAAAUCUGUUAAUUUGUCUAUUGUGUUGGUGCUUUUAAGUAUUCUCACAUCUCAA